CUCUUCAUUUAUCUUCACCACUCUCUUUAGCAACACUUCUUUCUUUAAAACUUCUUAUCUAAAAUAGACAUAUAUACUUCGAGAGAUGGCUUCAAAAAUCUCAGCCUCACUUGUCAUUUUUCUCACCUUUAACAUCCUCUUCUUCACGUUGACCACCGCGUGUGGUGGUGGUUGCAGUCCAGUCCCUAAACCCAAACCUAAGCCAAAGCCUACUCCCAGCCAUUCCUCCACUGGAAGCUGCCCAAGGGACACUCUCAAGCUCGGUGUUUGCGCCAAUGUCCUCAAGGAUCUUCUCAAAAUCGAGUUAGGCACACCACCAGUCAAGCCUUGCUGCUCACUCCUCAACGGUUUGGUUGAUCUUGAGGCCGCAGCUUGUCUCUGCACCGCCCUAAAGGCUAAUGUUUUAGGCAUUAAUCUUAAUGUUCCUAUCUCUCUUAGCCUUCUUCUCAAUGUUUGUGGCAAGAAGGUCCCUUCUGGCUUUGUAUGUGCUUAAUUGAUUCUCUAUCCAGUAUCCACCCUUUGAUUGGUUAUAAUGUUUGUAUCUUUUUUCCGAUGUUUUUUUUUUUAUCUCUGAUUAAGAUUCUUUGAGUUCUCCUAUUUUCAGUUGUUAAUUGAAUAAAUGUUGAUUCUACUUGUUUUGAUGUAUCCAUAGCAAAUCAAUUUGUUCAUUCAUAUUAUUGCAAUUAAUAAUCAGCCUAUUGUUUCCGCUUU